CCUGUAUGAACUAGUGUCAGUGGUAUGGCCAAGACACACACUGUGAUCAGACGUUCACGAUAGGAUCUCUGGCGUAGCAAAUGGCUAAAACUUACGAUUACCUCUUCAAGCUCUUGCUCAUAGGAGACAGCGGAGUUGGAAAGACGUGUCUUCUGUUCCGCUUCAGCGAGGACGCGUUCAACACCACCUUCAUCUCUACAAUCGGAAUUGACUUUAAAAUCAGGACAGUAGAGUUAAAUGGAAAGAAAAUCAAACUUCAGAUUUGGGACACUGCAGGACAGGAGAGGUUUAGGACCAUCACUACUGCAUACUACAGAGGAGCCAUGGGCAUUAUGUUAGUGUAUGAUAUCACUAGUGAAAAGUCCUUUGAAAACAUCAAGAACUGGAUUCGCAACAUUGAGGAGCAUGCAUCGUCAGAUGUAGAGCGGAUGAUCCUUGGAAAUAAAUGUGACAUGAACGACAAGAGACAGGUCUCUAAGGAGAGAGGAGAGAAGUUGGCAAUAGAUUAUGGAAUCAAGUUUUUAGAAACCAGCGCAAAAACUAGCGUAAAUGUGGAAGAUGCCUUUUUGACCCUAGCAAGAGACAUUAUGGCCAGACUCAACAGGAAAAUGAAUGAUGGCAGCAAUUCUGAAGGAGGGGUACCAAUUAAGAUCACAGAGAAGCGUUCCAAGAAGCACAGCUUAUUCAGGUGCACACUCCUAUAACAGACUCCAGCGAGUCGAAUGCAACUAUGGACUUGAUCUCUCUCUAGCUGCAGAAUCAGCCGGUAUGGAAGGUCAUAUAAGCCUCUUUCGAGAGGUGUGCACUCACGUUCUUAAUGAACCGGGAGACUCCUGUUCAGACAGAUCACUGGGCGAGUUGGCAAGAAGGAUACUUGGAGGAGUUUGAAGUACCUUGUUUCAGAAAUAUCUUAUUGUUUCUUUUUGUGAUAAUCACGGCACAUCUUUAAGUUUGACUGUCUUUUCUUAUAAUAUCAGAGCUUGAAUUAUUCCUUUUAUAGAGCCUUUGUUCACAUUUUAUAAAGCUUUUAUAAGCAUAACAUCAGUGUUGUACUGCCAUUACACAUUGUAUAUGGGCAGAUGAUUAUCUCUAAAAAAAAAAAAUAAUGUAUAGUAUGACUAUCUAAUUGUAUGUAAUUAAAGGGCACCUUUAAAUGGAGGUGAUUUAAAUGGAGGUGAAAAUAGAACAUAUUAUAUAUAGGAAAAUGUCUCUUGGUUUGUCUUACAGGCACAUAACUAUGUAUAGCACUGACAGAUCCUGCACUCCCCAAAUUGUGGAGACUCAAAUAUAGAACAUGACAGCUGAAGAGCAUGAUGGGUAAAAGUACUACACAUGCACAGUCUGUCCAUGUGUCUGUGAAGCUGCAGCCAGUCAAACCGGAGACAUGAGGUUUAUAGCACACAUUUAAGUCCAGUGGUCCUAGCUGUUGUCCUGUCUCCUUUGGCAGUCCAACAGAGCUUGCUGAUUGCUAAUUGAACUUGUCAGUCAAGGAACAGGUUUAGUCAAAGCAGAGAAAUCAUUAAAUGUGCUGGACUUUAGUCAUGCAUGGUAGGAAUAUUUACAUGACUCUGGUUAAUUAAUUCAUCUUAAAAAAAAAAAACACAUUUUGUGACUGGCAAAGGGGUUGCAUGUUCAGGAUUGACUUUUGAUGAAUGGUUUAAAAUAUCUGUAUAUGAAUGUAUAGGAAAGCAACUAAUGCAUGCUUUUAUUGUAUGUAUAAUGAAUUAUUAAUUUUUCAUGUUGGCAUUUUUUGCUGCUAUGUAUAUUAACAAAAUACUGCCUAUUCUUAUUGCUGUUUGUUAAAAGCCCAAAGUAUUUUUGGUUUACACACUUCAUAACCUGUGAUAUCUAUUACUGGUAGCUCUUUAAAGGAAAAUACAAUUAUCAAAUAGA